AGGAGGGGAAGGAGGAGGGGGAGGGCGAGGGCGGCUCUCAUUCGCUUCGCUCCUCUGCUCUUCUCCGGCAGCGCAGCGGCGUCCCCGCAUUCAUGCAGCCGAGGCGCCGGACGCGGGGCGGCGGGGGCACGCAAGAGAGGCCGGAGCGGAGGGCGUGAGGAGCGGGGCAGCCAGAGCUGAGGCAGGCAGGCAGGCCCGGAGUGGGUGGAAGCGCCGCCUGGACGGACCAUGCGGUGGAAGCGGAGCCCCCGGAGGCCCUGGCGGCUUCCCCGGCGCUCGCUGGUGGCCGCCCUUUUCUUCUUCUCGCUCUCUUCGUCCUUCCUCUACUUCGUCUAUGUGGCGCCCGGCAUCGUGAACACCUACCUCUUCAUGAUGCAAGCUCAAGGCAUCAUGAUACGUGAAAACAUGAGAACAAUAGGAGCUCAGGUUUAUGAACAGGUGGUCCGCAGUGCCUAUGCCAAGAGGAACAGCAGUGGGAAUGACUCAGAUUAUCCUCUUGAUUUGAACCACAAUGAAACAUUUCUGCAAACAACAACUUUUCUUCCUGAAGAUUUUACCUAUUUUCCAAACCAUACCUGCCCUGAAAGACUCCCUUCUAUGAAGGGUCCUAUUGAUGUAAAUAUGAGUGAAAUCAGUAUGGAAGAGAUUCACCAGUUCUUCUCUCAAGACCCUACAAUCAAACUCGGAGGCCACUGGAAACCCAAUGACUGUCUGCCUCGUUGGAAGGUGGCAAUCCUUGUUCCAUUCCGUAAUCGUUAUGAGCAUCUGCCAGUCCUCUUUAGACAUCUUAUUCCAAUGUUACAGCACCAACGUUUACAAUUUGCAUUUUAUAUUAUUGAACAAGCUGGUAACCAACCUUUUAACCGUGCCAUGCUCUUCAAUGUUGGCUUUCGGGAAGCAAUGAAAGACCUGGACUGGGAUUGUCUGAUUUUUCAUGAUGUGGACCAUAUACCUGAAAAUGACCGUAACUAUUAUGGAUGUGGGCUGAUGCCAAGACAUUUUGCAGCAAAGCUGGAUAAAUAUAUGUAUCUGCUUCCUUACAAUGAGUUCUUUGGAGGAGUAAGUGGCUUAACGGUGGAACAAUUCAAAAAAAUCAAUGGUUUUCCAAAUGCCUUCUGGGGCUGGGGCGGAGAGGAUGAUGACCUUUGGAACAGGGUGCACUAUGCAGGUUACUUGGUGACUCGGCCAGAAGGAGAUACUGGGAAAUACAAGUCAAUUCCUCAUCACCAUAGAGGUGAAGUGCAGUUCUUAGGAAGGUAUGCACUGCUGAGAAAGUCCAAAGAGAGGCAAGAACUGGAUGGCCUCAAUAACUUAAACUACUUUCCAAAUAUUACAUAUGACGCCUUGUAUAAAAACAUUACUGUCAACCUGACACCAGAGCUGGCUCUGGUAAAUGAAUACUAAGAAUAUGAGAAGAGGAAAACAGGUUCAAAGAUUGUUUUGUAAAUGUCUGCUGGACAAGAAAAAUCUUGUGUCUAAUGAAGGAUCACAGUAUUUUGAAGAAUAAUACUCAAAAGCACGCACACAGUUCGCCGGACUAUAGAGCCAUUCAGACUGUGCAGCGAGCUCAGACUUCACUUGCUCGUUGAUUUCUUUUUUAAAAGAAGGAUGGUGUGACCUGCUGCUUCUGUCCCAGCAUUUCAUCUCCCUAAACAACACCGAACUGUGAUCAAAUGUGCUGUUUUGCUCAUAAAACCAGUUUGGUUGAAAAGGACCGUUUGGGCUUCUUGAUGCUGGAAGUGUCCUGUAGACAAUGGCCCGAAUGGGAGAUGAACUGCUAUCUAACAAUGAUAUCAUUCUCUACAUUUGUGUUUAUAUUGGUUUUUUAAUUGACCUGCUUGAAGAAGAAUAUAUAUAUAUACACACAGACAACAAAAAUCGCUUCUUAAAGAAGUGUAGGUGUAAAUAAGCUGUAUAAAUUGCUUUCCUUUCUUUUUUAAAAAACUUCUUUUACAAUUCAAAACCGAAGUUGAAGGUUUACAAUUUAAGAUAACUCAAGCAAGCCUCCCACAGUACAAGCACUUCAGUCUAUCAUGAUGACACUCAUGUCAGUAAUUCUCUUCAGGGCUACUUGCCUGAUUGUUACCAGAAUUGGGACUCUGUCAGGUUGUAAAAUGUAACAAAUGGAAGCCAUAGCAGUGCAUUUGGGAGAAGUGGGGAACUCCCCCCUUAGGGAGUAGGAAUUCCAUUCACAAAAGAAAUGACACUAAUUUUGGUCACUUGGAAAUCCAUAUAGCUUUUUUAUAUCUUUCCCCAUCACAUUCUGCCAGAUAUCCCAUAAUGGUAAUUAAAAAUCUAAGAGAAUGUCUUCAACUGAGCUUUAUAUUCAUAAAGGACAGAUUCUCUAAAAAUAUUAUCCAAAAAGUAUCUGCUCAAUCUUUUAUUUUUCAUGCUGUCUGUUUGGUCUUAAGUUCGCAAAUUAUUCAGCUUGUCUUUGGAAAAAAGGCUACAGUGAUUCCUGUAGCUUGGCUGUUGAAAUAGGGAAGGUUAUAAAUAGUAUUUUGAUAUAUUUAUUGUGUAAAUGAAAACCUGCAUUCAACUAAUAUAGGUUAAAAUUAUAGGUUGGAGCUCUUGGUUAUGAUUGUUAGCCAGAGAAAAGUUGCACAAGUUAGAGAUACUGGGACAAAUAUAUCAGACUCCAAAUCAUAAUUAAAAGAAUGAAGGGCAUUGAGAUUUGUUAAAGGGAAAAAAAACUAAGUAUAGGACAGAAGUGCUUGUUCCAUAUCCUCCAUCCAGUUUCAGAGAUCCAGCUCUUGUUUGAAACUGUCAUCUUAGAUGUGUGCCUUUUUUGUUCUAUUUUGUUUGUUUUUCCUGGUUUUAAACCAACCUGUUUAUAUAGUAUGUACAAACUUUUUUUUUUUUGCUAGAGCCUGUAACUCUGGUCAAUGUCUGUUUGGAUUGCUCUUUAAGAUAUAUAUAUAUAUAUUUAUAGACACAGAUUGUGAGUACUUAAUGUGAGGAGUACUUCAAUUUCUUUUGCAUUGUUGCCUUCAAAUUCUGUAAUUUGCAUAGUUUACACGUAGUUUUCUGGGUUCUAUGGAUGUAUGACCCCCCAUAUACAUCUGUCAUGGGUGCGACUAGCCAGACCUAUUUUCUUGUUUGUCAAAUGAGUAAUAGAAGUGUGUGUGUGUAUUGGUGUGUGUGCGUGCGUAUCUUAUCAGCCCAUAUGAAAGAGCAGAAGAUCUGCUCUUGAGAAUGCUGGUAAGUAUGCUUUAAAAUACUUCAUAAGGGAACCUUUCAUGGCUGCUGCAGAGGUAAGGAUUUAUGUCUUUUUUUGUUUCUUAAUGGCACAUAUAGCAAUAAAGACUUUGAUUUUUUUGUUCUUUUUUCAUACAUGGAUAACACAUGCUUUCUCAUUCCUUAACCCCAGAAAGCUGUUGCAAACCAAUGUUUUUUUUAUUUUAUUUAAUGGUGCUUCAGAUGAGGAAUGUAUUUCAAAUUGUCUGAAUUCACCAUCUCAUGCACAUAUAUCCAGGCAGACAUUGGGCUGUAUGGCAGUUCAGAUUCUCAGGCUUUCACAAUAGGUGGCUAUUCUUCUACUAGGCUUUGUCUUCUUGAAUGAGAAAAGGAAUUACCUCUGCUCAGGAAUGCACUUGUUAAAAGAUUGACAUGAAAGGGUCCAUUUCACUUCUUAAUCAAUGGCUUUUGGUUUAUUUUGCUUUUUAACCAAUCACGUUCCUUCCCCCCCCCCCUCUUGAAAAAUAAGGAAUAUCUUUAAAAUGUGCACUGUUAACUCUUAUCAGCUAAGUCAAAUAAUGUAUAGCAAAUGUAACUGUUGAAAACAUAAUUGUCAAGCGCAUGUGAUGUUAUGACGUUUUUUAAAAAAUCAUUAAAAAACUGUAUAUUGGCAGCUGAAAUUUCAACAAGGCCACUGCUCCCCAUCUCCAUCAGCACUGUCAGCUAUCACUGCUAAGGGGCAGAACACUAUGAUAAAAUGCGUAUGUUUUUGUAUGAGCCAUGUGGGUCUUUAUUUGCUAAAACAAUUGUUUCAAAUCGACUACUUUUUGUAAAAGCUCCUUCAGUGAGUUUACCAACUGAGCAACCGCCGUGCAUUUCCAAAUGCCUACUGUCAAAGAUACCAUUAAAUUAUAUGUAACUUUUAUUCUGUUGUUUUGAGCUUGCUCUUAUGGUUUUCUAUGAGGUGCCAGGAGUACAUUUUUGCACUGAAAUCUAGUGUUUUAAAACACACACAAUUUUCAGCGAAGCAAUCCUUUGUGUCAUUACAUUUAUUUACCUAUGUGUUUGUACAUUUUUGUAUUUGUUAAUUUAUGAAUGAUUUUUUUUCAGUAAAAGGAAUACAUAUUCAAGAACCAGGA